AUGAACUUCGACGAGGCUUCAAAAGGAAACCCAAGUGCUUCUAGUAUAGGAUGUGUGGUGAGGGACCAUAAUGGAUUCUUCAUAGGAAAGAUGGCUCGAUCAAUACCCCCGAAUACCAACAAUAUAGCAAAAUUCAAGGCCUUAUUGCUAGGACUCUCAGAGUGCUCAAGUAGAGGGACUAAACAUCUAGUUGUGGAGGGAGAUUCAACUAUAGCAAUUAAUGCAGUUAAAACCAUGAGAUUACCAAAUUGGAGACUACAAGCUCUGUUGGAAAGGAUUUUGAAGGAAUUGUCCAGAUUUGAUGAUUUCUCUUGCAAGCAUGUCUAUAGAGAAGCAAAUUCAGAGGCAAAUGCCCUCUCUAAGAUUGUGGCAGAUGGAACCAAAUUGUCUUGGUGGGCGGAAUAA